CAUUAACCAUCCUACAAGUAAACAUUAGACAAAGGACAGUUGUUGAAAGUGCCUAUGUUUUUCAUUUAUUAGCAGAAUAAUUGCUUAUAGUUAUCAUCAUUUUUCUUGUUAUUUCGUGUCUCCGCGUUUUAAAUCUGAUAGUUUGGAUAUUUAGCUUGGUUUUAAGAAAAGUUUGAAGUCUAGCAUUGCCAACUGGAAGACAAAUUGAGGUUCUUUUAGGAAUUGCAAAGAAGAUAAAGUAGAACAGGAUGUUUAUAUCGUCGUUCAUGAGAAACGGUGCUCAAUUUCAUGGAAUUCAAAAAUCCGAUGGCAACAAGACAUUUGAUGUAGCCGUGACAAUAUUACAUGUGAAUCCUGAGCAAUCAAUGCUCUGUGGGUUUUUUAAGAUUAGUGGCCUGAGUGGAAACAAUUCUUCACUCACGACAUAUUUUGAGGCGGAAAUCAUCGGAGACAAGUAUGGGUUCCUGACACGGUGGCCGGAAUGGGGUGCUUCGGAAUCAACAGACUAUAAACAUUGGAAACGGCUAGGAGCUUUUCAAUAUGCAAAGCGGAAAGUACCUCUGCGCAAGAUUAAGCCAUUCAACCCUUGGAGGAAAGGCACUGUCUAUAUGCGGUGGAAGGAAUUGGCGAUGCUGGACAAAGUGAAUGAUUUUCAAUUUCGAAGCAGAAACUCUUCGUCCGACGUCAGUUUUGAAGGAUUCUAUUAUAUUGCAUUUUCCCAACGGACUGGACGAAUCACCGGAUACUAUUAUCAUUACAAAUUUGAUCAUUUUCAGUAUCUGGAAUUGGAUCCUGUGGUUGAUGGGACAUUUCCUAUUUUAGAAUUUCAAUGAUUUUACGACAACUUGUGCAUACGAGCAGAAACAUAAAACUUUUUGAAAUAUGUCUCAUUUUUCCUUUCAUUUCUGCAUUGACCUUCUGCUUUCUAUUUAAGAUUGAUGAAGAAAAUCUAUUCAUUUGAUAUUUUUAUCUCAUAACCUAUACCUUUUCCUUUUAUAGUCGUCGAGUUUCUCAUUUUCUCUCUUUUCCUUUCCUUGCACAAACUCUGGACCAUCAGACGUUUGUAAUUAGUAGUGACUUGUCCCGAUCUUUGGUGUCUUUCUGAAAAACACACAGAGGCUUCUGGGAAUUUGUGAACAAACAAAUGCUGGUUUUGAGUCCGCUUCAUCCUUUCGUUUCCAAUAAGUAAGACGAGUACGAAUACGAAUACGAGUACGAUUAUCUUUUCUUUUUCCUUUUCAGUCUAUUGCUAUUCGUUUCCCAUCCUACAAAUACUUCCACUCAUGACUUCUUUAAUUUACGAUACUCUGUAUGAUACAGGAUGCAUUAUGACUUAUCUUUAAUGAGCUGUGAACAGUUCUUUUUGCAUUUGAAAAAAAUGAAUGAAGAUUUCACUAUUUUUUAAAUGAUUUAAAUGGAAGACGAUCAUAUGGAAUAAAUCAAAAGAUACUUACUGCUAUGUGACCAAACUAACCGAUUUUAUUAUUAUGCAACAGACCUAGAGUAAUUGUUUGUACUUAUAUUUAAAAAGCUUUGUAAGUUAUUGGACCACGCAAUACGCACUUAGACAACCGCUUACUUCGUUGGUGUAAACAAUUGUCAUUCUGAGUAAAAAAACCCAAUUCCAAUGAUCUAUGCUUCUCUUAAAGAUGUUCAUUAUAAUAGUAGCAAAAUGAAAACUGUUUGGAAG